CGAAUCCCAACAUGCUGCUCCGACAUGGCGGGCGGCGGGCGGCAAGCACCACCAGAAGACGAACCUUGCUGGAUACGCCUUCCGAGCGUCAAGCCAAGCUCGGUACGUCGGUGGUCUCAUCGCUCUCCUUAUUCUAGAAUGUUGCAAAACCAGUGUGUGCCAAGUGUGAAAACCACCUAGUCGACUCGUCCGACCUGUUCUUUCUCCACUGGCAACGCGGCGUUCACGUUGCAAGCUUCCAAAACGCCGCACUAGAAAGCCUCAAGACGACGGAACACCCCCUGGCGUCCGUCCAGUCGUGGAAGCACGCCAAGCUGAACUGUACCAAGUGCGACUCGGGUGUGGCCACCCGUGCAACAGUUCGCGGGUACGUAGGCGGAGCUUCGCCAACUCGACGUCAAUCCCUUUAUCAGCCAACAAGCCACGCUCUUUUCGGCCAAGCAUGUGUCGCUGAAGCUGCCGUUGGGGUUCAGUCCCAUCGUGUCCAUCUCCGGCGUUCCCUCCGACAUCUUUCGGUUUUCCUCUUGGUCCGAUUUGAUGGCGCAAGUGGCUGCUUCACCCUCGUUGAAGAGCGUGUUGAAAAUCCGACAGGGUACGAAGGCGACGCCACCCCCGACAACAACGUUGACGGCAGACGCUCAACCCAUCGAUCACAAAGAAUUUAACACUCGUAUACUCUUGGCUCAAUCUGCUGUUGAUAUCCUUCAACUUGUCGAGAGCGAGAGCAAUUUGAACCAUGUGAACAUCCUGACGGCAUUUCAGCGGUUUGCCAUGUUUCACCAGCGCACACUGCACGACAUUGCGCAGUUGAAACGGCAACGGGUUCCGCACGUCAUCCAAGUCGACGAAGAAGACUCGGCACGGCUCGACAUGUACAAAGUUCAACUGCAGCGCCACCACCACGACCUCAACUUGAUCUACUCAGCGCGGUUUUGGAACCUGGUGGCAGAAUUGGAGCGACAAUGCCAAAUGCACAUCCAUUGUGUGCCGUCGCGGUACUUGUACUACUUGCUCAAGUCGUUGCUCGUGUUGCACUUGGCCCCGUCGACACUCAUGGAAAACUUGGCCGCCCAAGUCACGCACCGCCUGCCCCAAGACCGGUUCUCGGUCGACAAGUUGGUUCACUUUUUGCACGGGUUUGCCAUUCUUAGCACGCCGAACGACUGCUCCAAGGCUUGGAUGGAACCAACGUUUCAACGCAUCUGCUCGUAUUUGCUCACUCAAGACUCAACCCCUGAGCUCCUGUCCAUGGCGGCAUGGGCAUGCACGGUCGCCAAGGUGCACCACCCCGAGCUCAUUGACGCUGUCCUGAAAGCCGCCAAUGCACACCCCGUCCCAGGGGUUGCUUUUUCCACGCAAGCGUACCAAAUUCAUUUGGACUCACAACUAGCCAACCUGCCUUGCCAACACACUCUGGCACCAUCCCGCGUUGGCGAGUUCAAGCAAGCGCUGGUUCGGCAGCAACAUGGCAACGUGUCGUCGACAUUGCACGAAGUCGUAUCCACCACCCUGCUUCAGAUGAGUGUGCCGCACACGAACGAAUAUGUGAUGGAAUAUGGGUACUCGCUCGACAUUGCGCUGAUCGAAGAGCGCAUUGGAAUCGAGGUCAACGGACCGAGCCAUUACCAGCUACGAAGGAAUCCGUCCGAGCAGUACUUGCUGGGGGCCUCCAUGCUCAAGAUGCGGCACAUCCAACGCGCGGGGUGGACGGUCAUUCAGGUGGCGUACGAAGACUUUUGCAAGCUCCCGCUGGGCAAACCUCGCCAAGAAUUCUUGAGUUUGCUCCUGGAAGUGGCCAUGGCGAAUCGACUAGAUCGGAGGCAAGACCGGGGAAUAUAGAGCUGCACACUGCACAAGCUUGGUGGGGUAGUGUUCGUAAUGCACUGGUCAUCGUCGGAGACACCACAAGUCAC